AUGGCUGCCACCGCCGCGUCUGUUCCGAGUAACGGCUCUCCUCGUCCGAAUCCCCAAAUACAGCCAUGUAGAUACAAGGUGGGAAAGACGUUGGGCGCGGGCUCAUAUUCCGUUGUAAAGGAGUGUGUACACAUUGAUACCGGUCGUUACUAUGCCGCAAAGGUCAUUAACAAGAGACUAAUGGCUGGUCGCGAACAUAUGGUUCGAAAUGAGAUUGCCGUCCUUAAAAAAGUCUCGAUGGGUCAUCAAAACAUCCUGACCCUCGUCGACUACUUCGAGACGAUGAACAAUCUUUACCUUGUAACUGAUCUCGCGCUCGGCGGGGAGCUCUUCGAUCGGAUCUGCCGCAAAGGAUCGUAUUAUGAAUCUGAUGCUGCCGACUUGAUUCGCGCGACACUAUCUGCCGUUGCGUAUCUCCACGACCACGGAAUCGUACAUCGUGAUCUUAAGCCCGAGAACCUACUCUUCCGUACCCCCGAAGAUAACGCCGACCUUCUUAUUGCCGAUUUUGGCCUGUCGCGUAUUAUGGAUGAAGAGCAAUUCCACGUGUUGACGACGACUUGCGGUACCCCGGGAUACAUGGCGCCCGAGAUCUUCAAGAAGACGGGCCACGGCAAACCAGUUGAUAUAUGGGCCAUGGGGGUUAUUACGUACUUUUUACUGUGCGGAUACACGCCGUUCGACCGCGACAGCGACUUUGACGAAAUGCAGGCGAUCCUAAACGCUGACUAUAGCUUUCAGCCAGUAGAAUAUUGGCGCGGUGUCAGCGAUAACGCAAAAGAAUUUAUUUGCCAGUGUCUUACCGUCGACCCCAACAAGCGCAUGACAGCGCACGAGGCCUUAUCUCAUCCUUUCGUCGCCGACUACAGCUUGGGCGGUGACGGUGAUAGAGGCCAGAACCUACUCCCCACAGUCAAGAAGAACUUCAACGCGCGUAAAACGUUACAUGCAGCUAUCGACACGGUGCGAGCCAUCAACAAGCUACGGGAGGGCCACGCGAAUGCCCACUUGAUGGACGGCACCCGAUCGGCAGAGCCGAAGCAGGGCGCCCCCCCGUUAGAUAAGGCUGAGGUAGCCAAAGGUGACUCGGGCUAUUCGAGUACGCAGAACGAAGACGUAGAUAUGGGCGGCAUGGGCCCCGAGUCGGACGUACCUGCGAGUUUAAGACCCGGCGUCGCUGCUAACCGAGUGGUUGAAACAUCGAAAGGACUAUGGAGUGCCAGCCAACCACGACGGUGA